AUGACGACAACAACAACCAACAACAACCGACAACCGACAACAACCGCGACGACGUCAUUUUUCCAACAGGUUGUUUAUGACAUGCUGUCGGUAACAGGACCGGAAACUCAAGGUCCGAUAUUCGUAACGGAACCAAGAUCAUCAUUAGAAUUUUUAAACGAUAUCGGUGCGAUCAUAUCAUGCACGGCACACGGUUUACCCGAGCCUAUAAUAUCGUGGAUAAUGACAGACGGAACGAGUGUCACCCCGGUGACACACGUGAGAGAAAUAAUGAAAAACGGAAGUUUGUAUUUUCCACCGUUCGGAGCUGAAAAUUACAGGCAAGACGUACACAUGACGAGUUAUCAAUGCAUGGCGAGUAAUAACGUCGGACGAGUGAUAAGCCGAGAAGUUAACGUUCGCGCCAUCGUUAAACAACAUUAUGACGUCAUCGUUAGAGACACGUAUGUUUUUACGGGUAACACGGCCGUUUUAAAAUGCGAAAUACCAACUUUUGUUAAAAAUCAAAUAUCCAUAACGUCGUGGGUACAAGAUUCUUUGUUUAAUAUAUAUCCCUCGUCAUCUUAUUCGGAUGGUAAACAUCACAUGCUUCCCUCUGGAGAAUUAUUGGUUUAUUCUGUGACGUCAACGGACAGUCAUCCGACGUACAGGUGUAGAACGGUUCAUCACAUAACUGGAAAAACAAUUGAAAGUUCGACGUAUGGAAGAAUUAUAAUAACAGAAAGUAGAGGAUCGGUGCCUCCGAGAUAUCACGAAAGAAUAUCACCGUCACCGGUUAGAGAAGGUGAAACGGCCGUUUUAUCAUGCACAUCGCAAGGAUAUCCUACUCCUAAUUACAUAUGGUACAAAACGAAUUACGAAACCGGCGGACAUCUUGAAUUAUUAACGAUGAGCGAAAAAAAAUACAUAAGAGAAGGAGUUUUGAUAAUUCAAAAUGUCGGUUUAAACGAUAACGGACGAUAUGUUUGCAUAGCAAAUAAUUCGAUGGGCAGCGAAAGGAUUGAAUUACAAUUGACAGUUUUGAUUCCCAUAACUAUUCACAUGAUGCCGCAAAGGGUAACCGUUGAUUUAAAUCACGAUACAUCAAUAUUAUGUUCUGUCACGGGUCAUCCAACUCCGACAAUAUAUUGGCGUAAAGAUGGUUUAAUUAUAAGGAAUACGUCGCACAGGAUGAAAAUAAUCCAAGAUAAAAAUUCCAGGCUGGAGAUAAACAGGCUGACAAGAGAUGAUAAGGGAAUGUAUCAAUGUUUUGCUAAAAACGAUUAUGAAAUGUCACAGGGAACGUCCGAAAUACGUUUGGGAGAUUCUUCACCUCAUUUAAUAUAUAAAUUUAUUGAGCAGACGAUGCAACCGGGACCCUCGGUCUCUUUAAAAUGUAUAGCAACCGGAAAUCCGACUCCUCAUUUCACUUGGGUUUUAGAUGGUUUUUCACUUCCGCAAAAUGACCGGCUUGUGAUUGGUCAAUAUGUGACUGUACACGGUGACGUCAUAUCACACGUAAACAUAAGUUCCGUUAAUGUGGAAGAUGGAGGCGAAUACAAAUGCACUGCCAAAAAUCGAGUGGGUUCAGUUUCCCAUUCGGCUCGCCUUAACAUUUAUGGUCUCCCAAUGGUGAGACCCAUGAAUACCAUAGCUGCUGUUGCUGGACACGAUUUAAUCCUACAGUGUCCUGUUGCUGGUUAUCCGAUAGCUUUUAUCGUUUGGGAAAAAGAUGGACAGUUGUUACCGGUUAAUAGAAGGCAAGAAGUGUCACCGAAUGGAACUUUGGUCAUUCGUAAGGUCGAUAAUUUAUCAGAUGGAGGUUUGUACAUGUGCAUGGCAAAAAACAAACAAGGACAUCACGAUUCGAAAACUGUUCAAAUUGAAGUUAAAGUACCGCCUAGGAUAGCCCCAUUUUCUUUUAACAAGGAUUUAUCAGAGGGAGUGCGAGCCCAUCUUUCUUGUGUCGUCGAAAAAGGCGAUCCUCCAUUUACGAUAACUUGGCUCAAAGAUCGCGAACCGCUGCCUUCGGAUGGUCUCAAAAUAGUCGGUUUAGACACACAUUCGAGUACUGUUAUUGUGGACCAGCUAGCCGCUUCGCAUACCGGCAACUACACCUGCCGAGCAGCCAACCAAGUGGCCGCUGUUGAAUACACGGCUGAGCUGGUCGUUAGCGUACCUCCAAGAUGGUCUCUACCUCCAGAAAAUCAUCAAGGACCUCAAGGAGCUAUAAAAUAUAGCAUGGAUUGUCAAGCCGAAGGAAAUCCCACACCGACGGUUACCUGGAGAAAGGGAAUCGGUAAGCGACCGGGUACCUAUCACGACAUAAUCGAUAAUAAUUCCGAUAUAAAAAUAUAUCCAAAUGGAUCAUUGAUAAUUGAAAAAUUGGGAGAAGAACACGAAGGUUAUUACGUCUGCGAAGCUUUCAAUGGUAUCGGUACGGGUUUAAGUAAAAGAAUUUAUUUAACCGUUAACGCACCCCCCCAUUUUUAUUCGAAACAUAAAAAUCAAACUUCAAAAUUAGGUUCGAGCGUUGUACUCAAAUGUGAAGUCACCGGUGACAGACCCAUUAAAAUUGUUUGGAGAAAAUCUGGUUUAACAAUGGACGGCACUGCAUCUGACUACAGACACAGCAUAAAAGAAUUAAAUUCUACUGAAGGAAUAAUUUCCGAAUUGUUAAUAUUUACCACCCUUCGUGAAGAUAGUGGUCAAUAUUAUUGCAUAGCGACAAAUUCAUUCGGACGUGAUGAAAUGAUAAUGCAAUUAUUUGUACAAGAACCACCGGAUUUUCCAAGAAACAUACACGUUAUAGAAAAGGGUAGCAGAUUUGUUAAAUUGGGUUGGGUAUUAAGUCAAGAUGGUAAUUCUCCCAUAUUGCAAUGCAUUAUUGAAUAUAAAAUCGAUUCAGAUUCUUGGCUGGAACACACAACCCAAAUAACAGUUCCAGUGAAUCAAGUUUCCGUAUUAAUUAGUUCGUUAAGACCUGCUGUCACUUAUCAGUUUCGUUUGUUUGCCGAAAAUGAACUUGGUAAAAGUUUGCCAAGUGAUGUGUUAGAAAUCACGACGGAAAGUGAAGUGCCUAGUGGAGCUCCUAGAAAUGUUCAAACAAGUGCAUUGAGUGCAACAGAAUUACACGUUAAGUGGGACUCUCCAGAACGUGAACUUUGGAACGGUGAAAUAUUGGGAUACCAUGUGGGAUUUAAAGAACAAAGACUCAAAGAGGAUCAGUAUCAAUAUAAAAAUAUUGAAAGUAGAAGUAGUGCAGGAGGUGAAACCUUUCUCACAGACCUUAAAAAAUUUACAAAAUACAGCAUCGUUGUUCAAGCUUAUAAUGCAUUAGGACCUGGUCCCACGUCCAACGAAGCUUUAGCAUUAACUUUAGAAGAUGUUCCAAGUGCUUCUCCUCAAGAUAUUCGUUGUGCAGCUUUCACUUCACAAAGUUUACAAGUGUCUUGGAACUCAGUGCCUGAUACUCAACUUCACGGUCAUUUAAAAGGUUAUAAAGUUAUGUGGGAAAAUUUGGAAGAUUUUGAAGAAAUGGAUAAACCCAUGACCAAAAUCACAACAGCCCUAAGUGCUGUAAUACACGGUCUACAAAAAUUUACCAAUUACAGUGUUCAAGUGUUGGCAUUCACAAAUGCUGGUGAUGGAGUUGCAAGCCCUCCUUUACAAUGCCUCACAAAUGAAGAUGUUCCUGAAGUUCCUCGAGCAAUUAAAGCGGUAAUUAGUAAUCCGACUUCAAUAAUAGUCAGUUGGCUACCACCCAGUCGCACUAAUGGCAUUUUAAUAAAUUAUAAUCUUCAAAUAAAAUCAGCAAGUAAUUCUCCAGAUGCCAAACCUAAAAGAUAUUCCAUACCUCCUGAUCAUACCAGUUACGAAGAAGAAGGAUUAAAUAAAAGAUUACAAUAUGAAUUCACGGUGGCUGCAUCAACAAAAGUCGGAGAAAGUCCUAGAACUUCACCGGUUAUCUUAUCUCCAAACACUGAAGUAAGAGCUGCAAUUUACUCUUUUGGUAUCACCGUAACUCAACCGUGGAAAAGCGAUGCAAGACUUUCUUGUAAAUUUGUGGGGAAACCAGAGCCUUUGUUACAUUGGAAACGAUGGUCUCAUCCCAUUGAACCUUCUUCCAGGUUUAAAAUUAUGAAUGAUGGUACACUUCAAAUAAUCAAUCUUAUCAGAAAUGAUUCAGGAAAUUAUUCUUGUCAAGUUGAAAAUCAACAUGGAUUUGAUUCGAUUACAUAUCACUUACAGGUUCAAAUUCCUCCUUCUGCACCUUUACUUCAUGCCACUAGUGCCACAAAAACUAGUCUCAAUGUUCAAUGGAAACAAGGAGAUAAUGGAGGAGCUUUAAUUCGAGGUUAUUAUUUACAUUAUAAAAAAAGCAAAGGUGAUUGGAAAUCGAUUAAAAUUGGUAGACAGCAAAGUAAUUACUUGUUAAAUGAUCUCCACUGUGGAACAGCUUAUCAAAUUUACAUUCAAGCUUAUAAUUCAAUCGGUAAAGGAGAAAAAAGUUCUAUCAUAUCUGCAACAACAGAUGGUAGAAAACCGAUUAAAAUAUCCAAAGAAGAAUUUUUACUUCCGAAUACAACAUUUGUUUUAUUGUUUUUGGAUAAGUGGUUAAACAAUAGUUGUCCGAUAACAUAUUUUGAAUUGAAUUACAGAAGAAAAGAUGAAACAAAUUGGACAUUAGUUUCUAAUAGUUUAAUUAAACAAAAAUAUUACACUCUUGGAAAUCUUCAACCUGGAACAGAAUAUGUGAUUAAUGUUAAAGCUCAUAAUAAUGCUGGCUCGAUAGAAAGUGAAUAUAAAUUUUACACUCUUCAAAAUAUUGGUGCUGCUUCACCAAGUUUGACUCGGCAUAGUGGACAAGCAGAAAUGCCAUUUUAUCUUGAUCUAAGACUAAUUUUACCAUUUUUUACUUCCUGCCUUGUUAUCUUGACUGCCGUCCUUGUUGUUUAUUAUUGUUGGAGCAAGAGAUCUGCAGCAUCGAGAGAAUCAGUGAUUUUAAGAGAUUCCCAUUCUUCAGGUGCUAUUUUGGACAAUAAACAAAAUGCUCAUCAACGAGAACAAUAUUAUGCGACUGUAAAAAAACCACUUCGCUCACCUGAUAGAGAUAUAUCGUCGCUGGAAAGAAUUCCAGAAUAUUCGGAAGAUAUUUAUCCGUACGCAACAUUUCAAUUGAAUCAAUUAACUCCCGAAGAAUCCAGGUGUACGUCGGGAGCUCCCAUCGAUAGGAAAAGCGUAGAUAUAGAAAAGAUAGAAAGAGACAGAAGUAGAGGAACCCCGAUAUCUAGUUUUAUAUAUAACGAUUCGAUAUUAACAUCAGCGGAAACGUUGAAAUUAAAAGAGGUAGAUUCGAGUAAACAAAAUUUUAAAAGCAAUUAUAGAAGAGUUAAAAGAAAAACUGUUACUAAAUUAUCAAAAAAUGAAGAUUUCGAAUGUGAUAGUUUAGGUUCGGAAACGGAUGCAGAAAUAAAUUUUAUUUACCACGGACCCGAUGCAGGUAAUUUAGCGGAAUCUUCGAGGCCUUACGAAAGAACAUCAUUUUCCCGACGAGGAAAAACAAAGUAA